CACGCCUGUAUCUCAUCUCUUGCCCGCUAUCAGAAAAUCAGGGGCCUCGGCCAAAGUGUUCCAAGAGACCCAGAAACCCUCACACUGGCGCGUCUUUUGUGCCCGUGCAUUGAUAUCAUGUUCCGUCUCAUCUACUGUCCCCUACUUGACCCGUCCCCACCCCCUACUAGUGUAGCUAUUUUUCGCUAUUGUGCAUUAUUGUGGAUUAUUUUCCACUAUUUCUAUCACAUCUAUUGACCCCCCUGAGAUCUUCAUUGGUGCCCGCAAACGCCUUCAUUGGAGAGCUCUUUGUAGGGGGGCCGUCGAUCGCGCCUCCACUCCAUCCAUGAAAUCUCUUGGCCUGUGAACUCACUGAGGUUCCAGCUCUCAAAUAAUGGGGAAUCCAGCUCCACAAAGCCCAUUAGCACGUCAGCCCUGUCGCACUUAAAUGAAGGCAAACCCCAGACAGUCUCAGGUCUAUUUCUUCGUCUGAUCCUCAUAUGGUCUCCAACGUCGGUAUCGGAUUCCCACCGUCGAUAACAGACCACAUGGUGCCUGACGACCCGCCAUCAUGAGAUCUCCCCCGCCAGAAGUCCUGGCAUCGUGGCCGAAGCCGAAUUAUGUCGACCCGCAACGUAGGGGGAACGAGGGCGUCAUCGUGCAAGCCAUACUCGUCGUCCUCGUCACGGCAAUAGUUAUCAUACGUCUAUAUGCGAGGAUUGUUAUUACGAGGGCCGGCAUUGGUUUGGAUGAUGCCAUGAUCAUCAUUUCUUGGGUGUUCGCGAUGGGCCUGACUGCCAGUGUUAUGCUCGCUAUCAAACGAUAUGGUUGGGAUAUACAUGUCUGGGAUCUUCCACCAAAAGAUAUGGUUACCAGCCGGAUGAUUAGUUGGGCGAGCAUGGUCCUAUACAUGACAACCGCGUCUCUUGCCAAAGCGUCCAUCCUCGUCUUUUAUCUACGAAUUCUUGUCGCCAAGAUCGAUAAAAUAGUCACCAAAAUCACCCUCGGAGUCGUUGUCGUCUACUACAUAGCCGCCUUCUUAAUUCUCUGUCUCCAGUGCCGACCCCUCCAGCAUUACUGGGAAAUCCUAAUCCCUAAAUCCGCCGGCACCUGCAUCGACGAGAGCAUACAUAUGAUCACCAGCGCCGCUUUCAACAUCCUCAUAGAAAUCGUCAUCUUCCUCAUCCCGCUCCGCUCUCUCUUCGCCCUCCGAAUCCGCACAACCCAGAAAGUCCACCUCAUAUCCCUGUUUUCCGCUGGACUGCUUGUCAUCGCCGCCUCCACAGUCCGGCUGGUGUAUGUAGUCAUCAUCAUGCGGAAAUCGUACGACGUGUCGUGGUACGGCUACGCCGGCUGGCUGUGGGCGUCGAUCGAGGUACAUGUAUCAAUCAUCUGCGCGUGCGUGCCAUCUUGUCGCGCCUUCUUCGUGGCGUGGAACCGUUCAUCGAGUAAGGGCGGGAGCAAGACGGGGGGGCCGAGUGGCACGUAUCCGAGUGGGGCGGGGAGAAGCUAUAAUAAUAUCGAGGACGAUGUGAUGGGACUGACAGAUAGGCGCUUGGGGACUCAGGCGAUGGUGUCGGCACGGAGUAGGAGGAGUGAGAGCGAGGAGGAUAGCAUGGAGGGGACGAAAGGCGUUACGAUACAGAUGGAGGUGAUGCAGUUUGAGGAGGAAUACCAAAAGGAGGUACGGAAGAGCCGCGCGCAGAACAGUAAAGCAUAAGAGACUCAGGGCUGGAGUUGGGGAUUGAAAAUCACGCUGUGCGGACCUUGGCAAUCCCGAGUAAAUUAUUUGAUGUUGGGUUCAGCACUGGAGCUUGGGAAUGAAUGGGUAUCCAGGCCCUGGGAUAGACGCCAGAGGCCUUUUUGUUUAUUAUGUAGAUUAGAGCGAUGUCUCUACGCCAUGCGGCAGUAAAAUAUAAUCAUAAAAUAUAAU